AUGUCAGUUCCAAUCUAUUCACCAAACAGCCAAUCCAUCAGUCCUUCACUUCAACCAGGACUAUAUGAGUACCUCUCAGAACUAGUUUCUAAGCGUGUCGCUACUAUUAAAUACAUCAGAAAAGCACAUGAAGGAAACACACAUUGGUUCAACACUAUUCUGUUGACAAAAGAGAAUCUACAGUCAAUGUACCCAAAUUCAAAAAUGGCUAAAAGAACAUAUAAUUUUUAUGCGCUGGGUCUUUCUUUAGGCGCCAUUUUAGAUAUAACAAAUCCACUUGAUUACAUAAAGGCUUUAAAUCAAAUCAUGUUAGAAUUCGAGAGGCAUACCAACGAUGAUUCAAAACAAAAAAUGGUAUCAGCACAAUUUGACACCUUAUCUAAAAAUAUCUUUAGAAAAAAAACCGAUCAUUCGGAUAAUGCAAGUGAUUAUGGUUAUCUGAUAUUACCACAUAUCCCGUUUGAAAUGGAUUACUUUGAGACCUUUUUUACAUUGGUAGAUAUUGUCGCUGAAGCAUACUAUAAAUUACUUGUUGGCACAGAAGGGCCCAUCUGUACACAGGCUUUCUUUGAGCUGGUUCUCAAAUGCGAUGGAAAAUUCAAGAAAAUAGUUUCUAUGGUUACAAAAGAAUUGGACAUCAUAGCAAGGGAGGCUAUUAAAGAUGAACUGAGAAUGAUUGAUCCCUUUUCACAAGCGACACAAUCCAGUUUCCCAAUUGAAUUUGACACAAAUGGGGAUGCUUAA